AUGGAAGGGCUCUACCUGCUCUUGGUGACUCUCUCCACCGUGGUGCCUGGACGAGCCACCAGGAAUCCCGCGGGAACCCGCAGCAUCCCAGCAGGAUCUCCCGCCAACGCCUCGGCACCACCAGUGCCAGGACUACCCGUAUCCCGUUUUUUCCCAGCGCUGAGGCUGUCUGGAGGCCGGAGCCGCUGCGAGGGCCGCGUGGAGCUGGAGCAGGCGGGGAGCUGGGGCACGGUGUGUGACGACGGGUGGGACAUGGAGGAGGCCCUGGUGGUCUGCAGGCAGCUGGGCUGCGGCUGGGCCCUGCAAGCCCUGGGAGGUGCCGCCUUCGGCCGGGGGAACGGAUCCAUCCUGCGGGACGAGCUGGGCUGCCGAGGCCACGAGGAGCACCUUUGGGAAUGCCCGGCGGCGCCGGAGCACGACUGCAGCCAUAAGGAGGACGCUGGCGUGGUGUGUUCUGAGCACCAGGAAUGGCGUCUCUCCGGUGGCCGGGAUGGUUGCUCCGGGAGGGUGGAGGUGUUUUUCCGUGGUACCUGGAGCACGGUGUGUGACAGCACCUGGUACCAGCUGGAGGCCAGGGUGCUGUGCCGCUCCCUGGGCUGCGGGGACCUCCUCUGGCGUCCCUCCUUUGGCCACACGCUGCCCGGCAGGAUGAUCUACCAGUGCGAGGGCCACCAGCCCUCCCUGGCCCAUUGCCACUGGAUCUACAAUAAAUCAGCUCCUUGUUACCAGUCCCGGGCGGCCGGUGUGGUCUGCAACGGCUCCCUGGGCUUGCAGACCCCCAGCCCGAUGGCCACGGUGGCACCGAACGUCACCCUCCUGAGCACUGCGGUGGCCUCCCCAGCCGCGGGGGGACAGUCCCCUUGGCACAUGUCCCUCUUUGUGCUCUGCCUGGUGCUGGCAGCCCUGCUCCUGCUCACCGUGCUGGCCUUCACCAUCGCCCUGCUGAGGGUGAGGAAGAUGAGGGCCCUUGCCAUGUCCCACCUGGGGCCAUCCGGCCCGCUCCUGGUGACCCACAGCACCCAGAACCCCCACGUGCCCUCCGGGAUCUCCAACGAUUACAGGGAGAUGCCCCCCAGCCUUCCCAAUGGACCAGCCCCACUGGUGACAGCCAAAGCCUCCGACUCCGAUUCCGACUCGGAACACUACGACUUCAGCAGCAAGCCCCCCGUGGCCCUCUCCACCUUCUACAACUCCCUGCGCCGGCAGCCUGGGGAGAUGCAGCUCCCGCUGGUGUCGGGCCGGGAUGGGAUGGAGCCGUUCCCUACGGAAGCGCCCGGGCUGUGCCCCCCGACCCGUGGCAGGACCAGCAGAUCCUCCUCAUCCUCAUCCUCAUCCUUCUCCUCCUCCACUGAGCCCUAUUGCAACGACAGAGCAGCCCCCCCGCAGGCCUGGGUCUGCCCGCAGCCCCCCAGCCAUGGCACCCACCCAGCACCCAGCACCCGUGGUGACACUGGCACUGGUGGGCACCAGCAGUGGGCUGUGCGGAUGGGAGGCAGGGAGGUGCCAGCAGGACCCUGUUUCCCAGCCCUGCCCCGUGUGCCCCCCCCGGCGCUCUCCCCGCUCCGGGAACCUCCAGCAGAUCCCGAUCCUGACACCUCCAGCACUUCCUCGGGGGACUGGUACGAGAACGUACCGGGCACGGAGCCACCUCAGCACCCGUCCCCACGCCCCGGCUGGCAGGCUCCGUCCCCCCCGGGGACACACACCCAGGACCCCAACUCCUCUGAGGGCAGCGACUACGAUGACAUCCAGGGCUCUGCUCACUGA